AUGACUGAUGGCGACGGGAGAGUGCACUUUCAGUAUGCAGAUAGCCAAGAGGGACAGGAGCAGGAGGAGGUUUUGGAGGAGGUGAGGCUCGCAAUACUGAAAUCCUACCAGAGUGAUGUAGAACCUGGGGGCCUCUGUGAUGAGGAGUACAUGGAGCACACAGGUAGCUGUAGUAGUGGAAGGAAGAGGAAUGAUGGACAAGGAGAAGCUGAAAUUCAGCAGCAGGAGGAGGAAGUGGAGGAAGCAGAGCUGGAAGUGGAUGUUGGACCAACACUGGAAGUUCGAAUCGUAGCUCCCAUACGGGAUCCGGACUGCGUCUCUGAGGAGGAGGAGCAGCAGCCGUAUCCAGCCCUGGCUCCCAUGGCCUUCUUCUGCUUGAAGCAAACCACACGGCCCCGCAACUGGUGUCUUCGUGUUGUGUGUAAUCCGUGGUUCGAACAUGUAUCCAUGUUGGUGAUCCUCCUCAACUGCGUCACUCUGGGGAUGUUCCAGCCUUGUGAGGAUGUCACAUGUCUGUCAGAGUGGUGUCGCAUACUCCAGGUUUUGGAUGAUUGUAUAUUUGCUUUCUUUGCGGUGGAAAUGAUCAUCAAGAUGGUGGCCCUGGGGAUUUUUGGUAGCAACUGUUACCUUGGUGACAAAUGGAACCAGCUGGACUUUGUCAUCGUCAUGGCUGGUGUGUUGGAGUACUCUCUGGAUGGACAGAAUGCCAGUUUCUCAGCCAUUCGUACUGUACGUGUCCUGAGGCCUCUACGAGCCAUCAACAGAGUACCAAGUAUGAGAAUCUUGGUGACACUACUGUUGGACACCCUGCCUAUGUUGGGAAAUGUCCUCCUCCUGUGCUUCUUUGUCUUUUUCAUCUUUGGGAUUGUUGGAGUCCAGCUGUGGGCGGGACUUUUGCGAAACCGCUGCUUCAUGGGAGGGAAUAUCAGAACGAAAUAUAACUUGUCAAUCAGUCCCUACUACAUGUCAGAGGAAGGCGAAGACAGCCCGUUUAUCUGCUCGGCAGCUCGUGAGAACGGUAUGCUUCGGUGCAAUGAUGUUCCAGCCUACACCGAGGCCAAGAUUGAGUGCCAAUUACCGGCACCUCACCAAAGUUCAGAUCUGAUUGGAAUAGCCCCUACGGUGGGAGGGGCCAGUGUAAAUGGAUGUGUUAAUUGGAACCAGUACUACAAUGUGUGCCAACCUGGGGAUCGCAACCCGCACAAGGGAGCUGUCAACUUUGACAACAUCGGCUAUGCUUGGAUUGCUAUUUUUCAGGUCAUCACACUGGAAGGAUGGGUGGAUAUCAUGUACUAUGUCAUGGAUGCUCAUUCAUUCUACAAUUUUAUAUAUUUUAUACUGCUUAUUAUUGUGGGAUCUUUCUUCAUGAUCAACUUGUGCCUCGUGGUCAUAGCCACCCAGUUCUCAGAGACAAAGCAACGGGAGAAUGCGCUUAUGAGGGAGCAGCGUGCUCGCUACAUGUCCAAUGAUUCCACGCUUGCCAGUUACAGUGAACCGGGGUCAUGCUAUGAGGAGAUGCUUCGUUAUAUAAGUCAUCUUUACCGGAAGUUGACACGCAGAGUGCAAAGAAUAUACUCUGGAUGGCACAGUAAACGGCGUAAAAAGGUGAAUCCUAACGGCAGUGGUGGAGGAAGUAACAGUGGAGGUAAUGGACAUGGCCAUGGCUCUAGCAGGGGCUCUGGCCCAGGUAGCGCUUUGUGGUUGAGGCCAAUACGCAACUUGUUGCAGCACCAUCAGCACCAGCACUGUCGGUUCCCAAAUGGGGGGCAGCACGUGAGCAGCGUUGCAAGUGCUGAGCUCUUGGCUGCAGAAGGAGGUGUUGGAGGAGCAGUGGAACUGGAGAUGAAGUCACUUCCUGUUGCUAAAGGAACUACAAAUGGAAAUAGCAGUGGCGGCAAUCAAUCAGUUGUCACCCAAGGCAUGGGGGCCUUGCUCAGGAGACUAAAUGGAGGGAUGAACUACCCUACUAUUCUGCCAUCAUUUGUGUGCAGUUACAGCAGCAAGACACCGCCACCUCACUCCCAGCAAGGUGGUCACAGUCCAGAUCAGCAUCCGCCAAACCAUUCCACAUCUGAGCACACGGAAAAAAUAAACAAGCUCUACCAGCUUGUGGGACAGCACAGUCAACAGAGUGUGUUGUACCAGCUGGCAGGGAUGGUACCCAGUCCACUGCUCCUGGAGCUACUGAGCUGCCCUCUCUGUGCCCGCAGCUUGGAGACCAUUGAACUGGAGUUGGGUGAUUUCGAAGGUUGCAGGGGAGAAGCUGAUGGACAGCACGACUACCUUCAGGGAGGAGAUCUGAGAAGUGGGAGAAGUCGGGGCAGACGAAACGGGGCGAUGCAAUACAAAAACGGAGCGCUCCGGGCAUGGAUAAAUUUCAGGGAGAAACUGAAGAGAAUAGUGGAGAGCAAAUACUUUAACAGGGGGAUCAUGACUGCCAUUCUUGUCAACACUCUCAGCAUGGGGAUAGAGUACCAUGAGCAGCCGGAGGAGUUGACAGAUGUGCUCGAGAUCAGCAACAUCGUCUUCACUAGCAUGUUUGUUUUGGAGAUGGGCUUCAUGCUGCUUGCUUUUGGCUUAUUUGGAUACAUAAGAAACCCAUACAACAUAUUUGACAGCAUCAUUGUAAUUAUCAGUGUGUGGGAAAUAAUUGGUCAAGCUGAUGGUGGGUUGUCGGUCCUGCGUACGUUCCGUCUGCUUCGGGUUCUGAAGUUGGUUCGUUUCCUUCCUGCACUGAGGAGACAACUUGUCGUCCUGAUGAAGACGAUGGAUAAUGUGGCUACCUUCUGCAUGCUUCUGAUGCUCUUCAUCUUUACCUUUAGCAUACUGGGUAUGCAUCUGUUUGGCUGCAAAUUCAGUCUUCAGACUGAUGAUGGAGACACUAUUCCUGACCGAAAGAAUUUUGACACUCUACUGUGGGCCAUUGUCACCGUAUUUCAGAUUCUAACCCAAGAGGACUGGAACGUGGUGCUGUAUAACGGUAUGGCCUCCACCUCCCCAUGGGCGGCCCUCUACUUUGUUGCCCUAAUGACAUUUGGAAACUACGUGCUUUUCAACCUGCUAGUGGCCAUAUUGGUAGAAGGCUUCCAGGCUGAGGGUGAUGCAAAUCGCUCAGAGUCAGAUGAUGACAAAAAGUCAGACAACUUUGAGGAGGAUGAGAAAAUAGAGCAGCUCAGAGACACUGAGCUAAAGAUGUAUACUCUGAUGAUGACAGCCAAUGGCCAUGUUGACCCGCGUGGUUCAAUGGCUCCUCCCAUAAUCAUGCGAACGGCAGCAACACCCAUGCCCACUCCGAAAAGCUCUCUGGGCCCGGAAUCCUACCUGGAGGAGGAGGUCAUGGCAAGAGAGGGUGUUCUGCAAUAUGGAGAAGUCGGACCUCCCAAUCCAGAGACCGUCCACCAAGACUCACGUCGUGGAAGCUCCACCUCAAUGGAUGCCUUAACAUGUGAUCAAAGAUCUUUGAGCCACUCAAGUCCUGUGAGGCGUUCCCCGCUUCUUCCACGUGGCUCCAGCUCAUGGGGAAGUCGACGCUCUAGUUGGAAUAGCCUGAGUAGAGCACCGAGCCUCAAAAGGCGAGACACUAGUGGCGAAAGAGAGAGUCUGUUGUCCGGAGAGAGAGGGGAGGAGGAAGAUGAUAUGGAUGGUGAUGCCGGUGCUGGCGGGUAUGACAACAAAAUCCAGCCGGACCCUUUUGAGCUGCUGCAGGCCUCCACUCUCUGCCCUGACAUUGUGGCUCAGUAUGGUGACUGUAACGGGGGUAGCAUGACUUACAAUUCCAACGUGAACACCGACUCCAAAGAUGACUCCUUGCCUGAAGAUGACAUUGAUGAUGACAGUUCUCUUUGCUUCGUGAUCAAGAAAGAGCUCUGCAAUAUGAAACCUCGCUGGUGCAAAGAACAUGAAGAAUGGACGCUGUAUUUGUUUGCACCUGAAAACCCAUUCCGCGUGUGGUGUCAAAGUGUGAGUUCUCACAAAAUGUUUGACCACAUAGUUCUGGUUUUCAUCUUCCUCAACUGCAUCACUAUCGCUCUGGAAAGACCUAAUAUACAGCCUCACAGCACGGAGCGAAUAUUUCUUGGUGUGUCCAACUAUGUAUUCACUGUGAUCUUCCUAGCAGAGAUGACAAUAAAGGUGGUAGCCCUCGGGUUCUGCUUUGGGAAGCAGAGCUACCUUCAGUCCAGUUGGAAUGUUCUGGAUGGUAUGUUGGUAUUUGUGUCUCUGGUCGACAUUCUGGUCUCUUUGGCUUAUUCUGGUGGCAACCGGAUCCUUGGCAUCCUCAGAGUUCUGCGCUUGCUACGUACAUUGCGCCCACUCAGAGUGAUCAGUCGAGCACCAGGAUUGAAAUUAGUUGUGGAGACGCUCAUCACUUCUCUUCGGCCCAUUGGCAACAUUGUACUGAUCUGCUGUGCUUUCUUCAUUGUGUUUGGCAUCUUGGGAGUACAGUUAUUCAAAGGGAAAUUCUACCACUGUGAAGGUCUUAACACCAAAAACAUUACCAACAAGUCGGACUGUCUGCAAGCCAACUAUGGCUGGAUACGAAGGAAGUACAACUUUGACAAUCUGAUUCAGGCUCUGAUGUCUUUGUUUGUGCUGUCAUGUAAGGACGGCUGGGUCAAUAUUAUGUAUGACGGCCUGGACGCGGUGGGAGUGGACCAACAGCCUGUGAGGAACCACAACCCGUGGAUGCUGCUGUACUUCAUCUCCUUUCUGCUCAUCGUCAGCUUUUUUGUGCUCAACAUGUUCGUCGGCGUUGUGGUGGAGAAUUUCCACAAGUGUCGGCAGGACCAAGAAGAGGAGGAGGCCCGCUUACGGGAGGAGAAAAGGCUCAAAAUCAUAGAAAAAAAGCGCAGGAGUAAGGAGAAUGGAGGGGCUGAGGCAAAACAGAGGCCCUACUAUGCUGAUUACUCCACCCCGCGUUUGACCAUCCAUACACUGUGCACCAGUCAUUACCUGGACCUCUUUAUCACCUUCAUCAUAUGCAUCAAUGUGUUCACCAUGAGCAUUGAGCACUACAAUCAACCACAGUAUUUGGAGGAGGUUUUGAAGUACUGUAACUACGUGUUCACCUUCAUCUUUGUCAUCGAGGCCCUGCUUAAACUUGUGGCUUUUGGGAUACAACGAUUUUUCAAAGACAGGUGGAACCAGCUAGAUAUAGCAAUUGUGGCAUUGUCCAUCAUGGGCAUCAUCUUGGAGGAGCUGAAACUGAGUGCUGCUCUUCCAAUAAAUCCCACCAUCAUCCGAAUUAUGAGAGUGCUACGGAUAGCACGAGUACUUAAACUCCUGAAGAUGGCCACAGGCAUGAGGUCUCUGUUGGACACUGUCAUGCAAGCACUGCCACAGGUGGGAAAUCUUGGUCUCCUCUUCAUGCUGCUUUUCUUCAUCUAUGCCGCCCUGGGAGUGGAGCUCUUUGGCAAGCUCGAGUGUAAUGACAACAACCCCUGUGAAGGUCUGAGUCGUCAUGCUACCUUUGAAAAUUUUGGGAUGGCCUUCCUCACACUGUUUCGAGUGUCCACCGGAGACAAUUGGAACGGCAUUAUGAAAGACACACUGCGAGAAUGUCAUCCAGAGGAGCGCCACUGUCUCUCCUACCUGCCCUGGGUCUCUCCCAUUUACUUUGUCACCUUCGUGCUCAUGGCCCAAUUUGUGCUGGUAAAUGUGGUGGUGGCUGUGCUGAUGAAGCAUCUAGAGGAAAGCAACAAGGAGGCAAAAGAGGACGCAGAAAUGGAUGCAGAAAUUGCCAUGGAAAUGGCAAUGGAACAACAACGCAGAUUCAGUACCACCUCUAGUAACAGUUCAGGGGCUGGGACCUUUGUUGGGCCAUGUCCACAGUCGCCUGGCCAGGAGGAAGAAGUGCAGUGUGGUGAUGAUGCACAGCAGUUAUCUGAGAAGAUGUCAGUAUCCAGAAUGCACUCCCUGCCAAACGACAGUUACAUGUUCCGACCUGUGCAACCUGCCAGUGCUCCUUACCCUUUGGAAGAGAUGGAUGUCAGUGCUCAGGACCAACACUCAGGCUCACUGACAUCAGUCCGCUCGCAGCCAUGUGAGAGUCGGGCUCUGCUGCAGGUUCCUGUUUCUCCGGUUCACCUACGACCUCUUCCUUCCAUCAACCUACCACGCAUUGCUCCACCCACGGCCCACCCAUCUCCACGGGCCCUGCGCAGACAGGUGGCACUUAAAGUUGAUUCUGUGGAAGUCCAAAAUUGUGAGCAACAAGAGAGGUCGAACGCCGUCCAUCAACCUCUUCCGUCCCCUUCAUCACAUUCCCCCCUUCGUCUCUCCCCGUCCCCUCUGCCUCCUCCCCGUUCCUCUUCUCCCUCAGCUCUUUCCCUCCCACCCUGUUCUCCUUCCCCAUACUCACUCCAUUCCCUGUCUCCUUCAGCUCUUCCUCCUUUGCUGUCCUCCCCAGCCUCGCUCCCGCCUCUACCGUCCUCUCCAUCACUUCUCCUCCCCCCACCUCGUUCGCCACGCUUCCCAUUGCGCACGGCGAGCCUCCACCGUCCGAGACCGCCCUCCGCCGCCUCCCUCUUUGACCCGGCUGAUGAGGAGGUGUGUCACAUCACCAGUUUGGCCCGCCACAGGCAGAUUACCGAACUGGGAAGAGGACAGGAGGGUAGAGCGAAAGAGGGUCGAAGCCACUCUCUCUCUCCGUACACCGACUCGACCUCCUGGCCUCCCCCUUCUACGUUGCAGCGGCCUUCCUCCAGGAGCGUGCUUGGGGCAGAACUGAAGGACAGGGACUUUAGAAAGGGCUUCAGCGUCGAUACCCAGGGGUUCCAGCACAAGCCGUCAUUAUUAUCUGCCGCUUUCCUCGACGACCAUCGCCGCCACUCCAUUGAAGUGUGUCUCCCGCAAGAUGGAAUCGGGGGUGAUGACCGACACUUUAAGGCGGAGCUACAAAAAGAAAAAAGCAAUUUCCCCAUGAGGGUGCAAUCAGUAGGAGGCGGACACCGAAAAAAGAAGACGAGCCCUCCUUGCAUAUCCAUUCACCCCCCGUCAGAGAGAGAACACCCGCCUUCACCCCCAAAACUGGCAGACUGCAGCAUGAUGCUGAGACGGAGAACGCCAUCUUAUGACUUGACCGCGCACAUGCAGACAAACAAACAAGACGUCCUGGCGGACUCGCAGGCGCACUCGCCGAUGCACCGAGCGCUCACACCCGUCCACAUACCGCUACAAACACACUCGCUGACCCCCUCACCAACCUCCACGCCCGCACACGCGUACACUCCACCGCUCCCGUUGACCCCGACUCACCCGCCUGUCCCAAUAAGCCCGAACAUCUUCAUCCAGCCUCACGCACCUCUCGUCCCGAGGCCUUUCUCACAGACGCGCCCAAUCUCACCCGCCGCCAGGCACGCCGUUGUCACCAGGGAUUGCCUCCCCUUACCGCAAUUCACUUUCGACCAACCGCAGUCCAGAUACCUGUCAGACGAAGAUCCCGCACCCUGCGCUUCCCCAUUUGACACCAAACUGGGACCAGGUGCAGGAUUUAAUGCAAAUAACCGGAGGACCGCCCAAUGA